GGUCUUUGGUCAGGUGUCGAGCAUCAACAUCGGGUCUCUCGUAUACAGUCUGUCGUUCAUAUGAACUUUUGGGUUCAAUCUACCGGAGUUCCCGUGAUCGAUUAGCGCCAGGGAUCUCAUCAUAUGUGUUGUCACGCAUAUUGUUCGUGUUGCUGCGGUCGUGCUAGAGGUGGCCGACUCAAAGCCGAUCAAACCGUUGCGACUUUCCUCGGCGACGAGUAGGAUUUUUUCUGGGGAGCAAUGCGACGAGCCAUCGAUUCCGAUGAGGAGUUCGCGGUGCCACUCCCUUUCGCCGAACUCCUUUCGAAUCACCAUCCAGUUUCAUUGAAGCUUCUCCAAGCUUUGCCCAAGUCCCUUCUGGAAUCGUGUCGGAGGACCACAGAGUACAAUAAAAUCAGACGACUCGGUGAGGGCAGCUUCGGCACGGUCUAUCAAGUCGAAGAUAGACAAAAUGGACAGAUACUGGCCAUGAAAAGAAUACUCUUUUCCAACGAGAUAACAGAGGACACUCUUGCGUCCGGCGUUCGUGAGAUCACAACUUUGAGCCGGCUGUCGCAUCCGAAUAUCAUCCGCAUGUUCAAUCUCGUACUCAGUCCGAGUUCAGUUUUCAUCUCUCUCGAGGAGUGCACCACAGAUCUUGGAAAGCUCGUCGACAGUCUCGGAUCUCCGCUCAAUGAGUCGCAGGUGAAAUGCAUAUCUCGGCAGUUUUUCGGCGGCCUAGCCCACAUCCACGAUGCGGGAAUUAUACACCGCGAUCUGAAGGCUUCGAACAUUCUCUUGACUCCGAACGGCGACGUCAAGAUCGCAGACUUCGGAUUCUCGAAAGACUGCGUUAUAUCGACAUACUGGACACCUUGCGACGUCGUCACUCUCUGGUACAGGCCACCGGAAAUUCUCUUCCAAUCAGCGAUGCAAACUCCGGCCGUGGACAUGUGGUCGGCUGGAUGCAUUCUCGGAGAGCUUCUGCUGAAUCGACCGCUCCUUCCUGGCCGGAGCGAGCUCGAACAAGUGGAAAUGAUUUGUAACUUGAUCGGCAGCCCGGACGAAGCAAUAUGGCCGGGGGUGUCGACGCUCAUCAGGCAGUGCAAUAUGCAUAUCAAAGAUCAGAAGAUGAACAAUCUGUGGGAGAUCUUCCCUUGCAUACCAUCGUCCUGCAGGAGGCUAUUGAAGUCCUUGCUGUGUUACUCGCCGGACAAGAGGGCGACAGCUCGCGAUUGUCUUCAAGCAUCAUGGUUCCGAGAUGAUCCCCAUGCUUGUGAGCCAUGUCACAUUCCCAUAAAGAAGAAGCCACCGAUCAAGCGGGAGAAAAUCAGCGCCCCGCAACCCGCUGGAUCGCCCGUUGUGUCGAAAAAACGGAAAUCCAGUAUUUGAAGAAGAGCUUCGUCGAGCUUCGUAGUUCUUCCGGCGCGUUCGACGCCACCCCAGAUACCGGAAAUGUAAUAAAAAUGCUGUCUCGAAGUU